GGUAGGUGGUAUACGAGGAGCUCCAAUUCGUGCAGUGGCCGACUGAAUUGGAGUGGUGGCGUGUGGGGGACGGCGCGGGCCCCCAGCGCCUUGGUGGUUUGGACAAUGCAGUCUGCCCGAGCAUCUGCGCAGGCCAACCGGGCCAUACUCCGGUACGCCGAGACAUGUCGUCUGCGUGAUGCUUGGUCAAGGAUAGACUGUGGGGGGGGAAGCUUGAGUUUGUGUUUGGCGGGGGGUGGAUAUGGAUGGAUGGGGAUAAUUGCUACUCGACACCUGGUGAAGCAGAAGGAGUUCCGCCGCGUGCAUGCUUGUUCCCCGACGCUGCUCGUCGGCGCAUGCGCACGGGCGGUCAAAUGA